CCCGCCCACAGCUCCCAGAGGCCCGCGCGCGGCGCCGCCAGUUCGGCUGCUCCCUUCUGGCGGGUCGGGCGCGGCCAUGGAGGGCGAGGCGCCCCCGCUGGAGGAACGGCGGCGCCUGCAGCAGGAGCUUAGCGGGUUCGUGGAGAGCUGCUGCCGGACGCUGGAGGAGGUGACGGCGUCCCUGGGCUGGAGCCUGGAUCGGCUGGACCCCGGGGAGGAGGCGGCAGAGGAUGAAGUUGUGAUAUGUCCCUAUGAUUCCAAUCAUCACAUGCCUAAAUCGUCUUUAGCAAAGCACAUGGUGUCUUGCAGAUUGAGGAAACUGGGCUAUACCAAAAAAGAAGAGGAUCAAAUGUAUAAUUCUGAUUUUUUCUAUGAGAAUGUGAAGAUACCUUCAAUUACUCUGAAUAAGGACUCACAAUUCCAGAUAAUUAAACAGGCUAGAACUGCAGUUGGAAAAGAUGGUGAUUGUUAUAGUCAAAGGAUUUAUUCUUCAUUACCUGUUGAAGUUCCUCUGAAUCACAAACGGUGUGUUUGUGAUUUAACCCAAGCUGAUCGUCUUGCCCUCUAUGAUUUUGUAAUGGAGGAGACGAAGAAAAAGCGCUCUGAUUCACAGAUUAUUGAAAAUGACAGUGAUCUCUUUGUAGACUUGGCUGCCAAAGUCAAUCAAGAUAAUAGUCGAAAAAGUCCAAAAUCUUACCUUGAAAUCCUGGCAGAAGUGAGAGAUUAUAAAAGAAGACGCCAGUCCUAUAGAGCUAAGAAUGUUCACAUAACCAAGAAAUCAUAUACUGAGGUGAUUCGUGAUGUCAUAAAUGUGCACAUGGAAGAACUCAGUAGUCAUUGGCAAGAAGAGCAGGAAAGAGCAGAGGAUGAUGCUGAAAAGAAUGAAGAAAGGCGAUCAGCUUCAGUAGAUUCACGGCAGUCUGGUGGAAGUUAUUUGGAUGCUGAGUAUUCACGACAUAGAAAGGAUCGGAGUAGGAGCCCACAUAAACGAAAAAGAAAUAAAGAUAAGGAUAAAAACUGGGAUUCGAGAAGAAGGAAAGACAGGGAUGGGGAAAGACAUCAUAGUCAUAAAAGGAGAAAGCAAAAAAUAUAAAUGAGGUAUUUGUGCAUGUAUUAAUUACACUUAUGCCAUGAUAACCAGUAUGACAACAUUUUAAUUACAAUUGCUUUGAGUAGGAGAAUGUUUGUAUGACUUGUUUAGUGCUCAGGUCAUUAAUUUUCAGUAUUUAUGCUUCAAACCAUGAGUACACUUUUAUGUCCUAUAAGUUUGUUUUACUUAUAUUUUAAUAGAUGAUUGCUUCCUAUUACAGAUUUUGUUUCAUUCUUUGUGAUAAUUUAUGUAUCAGAAAAUUCUUUAAUUAAAGUCAGUACUUAAACUAUAUAAAUAAUAAAUGAAUACAUUCUCAUUUUAAAAAAUUAAACCUUACCGCUAAGGUUAACGUCCCCUUGGAACACAACCUGUAAUCCCUGUGGCCACCUCAGUAACUACUGACUUACCACUACACUAGUGAAAUGUAAUAGGGAAAAACAACCUAAAUAUCUGUCAGAAGGGGAAUGGCCUGCUUAAAUAAAAUAUGGUAUAGUCAUGUAAUAGAUUAUUGUAUUGGAUUUAAAAGAAGUAAACUUUUUAUUAACAUGGAUAGAUCUCAGAAACAUAAUGCUAAGUGAAAAUAGCAAACUGCAGAAAGAUAUAUACAAGUUAUAUUUAUGUACAAUAUAAUACUGUACAUUUUCUGUGACCAUAUAUGUAUGUAAAUAUAUUUUUAAAGGUUCAGAAGGACCCAUACCAAACCCGUAACAGUAAUUAUUUGGGGGAGGAGGUAUAGAUGGGAGAGAUGAGGAAUGAAAACCAGGAUUGAGAGGGUGGUCAAAGAAAACUUUCGUGUUAUCUACAAUACAUUAAUUUUUUAAAGGUAUUCAUC